AUGGCUCAGAACUCACAUUCGGAUGAGCAGCAAACGCAGUCGACACGGAGUGGACUCUCAGUCGAGAGUAGAGAGGCGCCAAGAAUGAGAUCAGAUGAGUGGUCGCAUGUGCGAGAUGCCAACGAAAGAAGGAAAAUCCAGAACAGACUUUCACAGCGCAGGUUUCGAGAUAAACUCAAAGACCAAAAGCAAGAGACAGAGCGUGAAGUGGAGAAUCAGCAACGGGCAGGCAGCUCUUAUGCAACGCCAGAUCCCGAUGACAUCGAUCCUGACCAAGACCUAUCGGGACUUCCUUGGGGAGGGAUCUCAAUGAAACAUAUCGUCAAGACAGGUAGAACAAAGGAGCAAUACUCCCAUCAGAAAUCUCAGGGGAAUUAUAUGCACGCUAGUACUUCCCGAACUGAUGGCGGAAGCAGCAGGCUUGGACUACGCCUCCCGCACCAAUUUGCCCAAGCGUAUCCAGCAUGGAUGUACUUAAAGUACUCUCCCUAUCAAUACCUAGGAUGA